AUGCCCGCCGUUGAGCCUCCUCCAAAGAAUCGUGAACUGUCAACCGGAAGCCAGUUCCCUUCUCGCAGUCCUUCUGCUCGAGUGUCCUACAACUGUCACUUUAUUCUUCGGAAAAAAGAAAAACACCUUAAUCCCCUUCAAAUUCUCCACUCGUGGCUUCAUUCUUUACUCGCCGUAUCGGCACCCUCAUCAGACAAGCAACAAUGUCUAAAACCCCGCCUCAAGUCGUUGGCUCGAAUACCAAUAACUUCAUUCAAAACUGGUCACUAGAUGCAGCUUCACCCGGCUCACCUUUAGCAUUUCUUCAUAUCAUCGAAAGAUUGAAGACUACACCUAGAGAAGGGUGGCGUAAGCAUGGAAUUCUUCAAGGAGAGUCGAUAAGUGAUCAUAUGUACCGAAUGAGUGUUAUCACCAUGCUUUGUCCUCCAGAGCACAAAGUUGACAAAGACCGCUGCGUGAAGUUGGCUAUCGUUCACGAUAUGGCUGAGGCUUUGGUCGGAGAUAUUACGCCACCAGAUAAGAUCGAGAAAGGCAGGAGGCACCUUCCUGGCAUCACUAGGAAACACCGACGAGAGCUCGAAUCCAUGCAGUACAUAGUUAAUAAACUCCUGAAGCCAAUCUCGGAGGUGAUAGCAAAAGAUAUCAUGGAUUUGUGGAUGGAAUAUGAGACCGGAAAGACACCGGAAGCCGUUUUUGUCAAGGAUGUGGACCGAUUUGAGCUUAUCUGCCAGACUAUUGAAUAUGAAAAGAAGUACGAAGCUCAGAAAGAUCUCAAAGAAUUUUUGCAUGUCAGGGAAAGCAUCAAAAAUGAUUUUGUUAAGAAAUGGGCUGAAGACGCCAUGAAGGAGAGAGAGGUUUUCUGGAAGAAUGCCGGCAUCGAAAGUAUUGUCCCGUGAGGACUUGGGGAGAUGAGGUACUAUGUGGGUUAAAACUUCUCGUAUCUUUUCACAAAGAGGAGUCUUUACUCACUUUUUACUCUUUCUACUUUCUGGGCUUUGGGGAACGGUGAUGCCUAUUUUUGUUUUUCCCUUGUCUUCUGUUCCAUUUGGGUUUGUAUUCCUUCACAAGUGUAGCAUUGAGAGGGUUCUCCCAUGUUCUCCUUUGAUGUUUCUUUGCGAAUACCUCAUUUCGUUAGACAUGUUUCUUUUCAACGAGCUUCAAACUCUCCAUUUUCUUCGGAUUGUUUAAUCAGGUUCCUAGAAUUUGUUAUUUUAAACUACUGUUCUGGUCAU